ACAGUUGACAGUUCAAAAUAUAAAAAAGUUACCGGAUUCAAACGGUUUCUCGAUGCGGUAUAGUUGUGUUGCUUCGUACUUGUGUCGGUUUUUGGCAAGAUUCCCUCGGGCGCGUGCGUUACAUAAAAUGAACGUCGCACGGCGCGCAUCACAAAAAGGAUAAAAAUAGACUUAUACAGUGAGUUGCGUGUUCAUGGCACGGACAUUUUUGUUUUCAAAUGACACACAUACCGCGUCGUCGCUCAUGUUAUGCGUUAGAAAUCUAAGUGAAACUAUCUGAAAUCGGUUAACUGUAAACAUUGGACUGAUUUUUUUCCGUUUGUGCCUCCAGAUAGUCGCGCGGUGAAGGGAGCGCUCGUGACGGGAGCUGCAAAAAGUUUUUCCAAAGUGUCUGGUGUGAAAAAAUUGUGAAAUGGCUCAUCCAGUGGAGCCAAUGGACAUAGACAACAUUGACAGUGACUUUGACAAUAAGGAGAAUACGUUUCAUCACAACAAUGUCCAGCCGUGCACAGAGAAGGGGUACGAGGAGCUGGACGUCUCUGAACUCAACAUGAGAUUAAGGUACUCUGUAACUCCAGCAGCAUCUCCCAUGUCAAAGAGCUACACCAGUUAUGUUGACAACAGAAGCCUUGAUUCUGAUGAUUCUUUAAACAUAACAGUCAAUGAAGCAAACUUAACACGCUCAUUAAAUGCAACAAUUACUAAAAAUGAUAGUAUUGUAAAGUCUCUUAAAAGCUUACCUCUGCAGUCACUCCCUGCGGAACAGUCGGUUGAGAGAAAUGCAUCAGUGUUACGUCAGCUAGACUCCACAGUAACUAGCAACAAUAACAUAACAGUGACAGUCAGCGGAACUAAUGAUAUUGAUGACAAUUUAUCUUUGCCAAGUUCUUCUUCAUCAGCAGUGCCUACUCCUGAAGCAACAACACCUACAAAGGACAUUCCUAAGCAUGAUGGAGGUUCACCAAUCAUGAGAGGCUUGAAGAGUGUUCUGAACAUGUUUCGGUCAUCACAGAGUCCCAUACCUCCAUCUGAAAGUGAUAAUACUGCUCCAAAGCAGUUAACACCAACUCCUACCAAGCGGCUUUCAUCUGAACCCAGAGAUGAAGAGACUAAACCGGUGCUUGCUUCAACACCUAUAUCCACACAUAAGGUCCGAGAAGCCAAUGGAUCCAAGAGAAACAGUCCUUUAAAGGAUAGCAUCACCUUUAAUGAUGAUUUGGAAAAGGAGUUGCAAUGGAAGGAUGAAACAACAAUACUAUUCAGUCAAGAAAAAAUUCCAAUUCACAAGUUAUUUUAUCAACAGAAGGCAAGCAAAGUUGACAACAAGAUGAGUGACAAAAUGGAUAUGAAAGAAAAUUUUGAUACCACUGUUGAAUAUAUGGACAUUUCAUAUAAUGAUUCUCUAAUUAAAGAUAGAACUAUUACGGAGACUGGACAGGAAAUACUCAAAAAUGAAUUACAUGUGGCAAAUGAAUCAGACAGUGAGUUUUUGGACUGCGAAACAGAGUCUAAUGCAACAAAGACUGAGUCAUAUGUAGUGGACAAUAAGACAGUUGAUUUGAUCAAAGAUGAAUCCAUAGUUCAGAAAACAAUGGACAAUAUAGUGCUCUAUGAAGAUAAUCAAAAAAUCCAUCAUAUUGAUGAACCUAAAGAAGAAAAUGUGACUGCUCCAAUAGCAACUGUUAAUAAAGAAGAAACUAUAGAAAAUAAAUUGUUUCCAUCAUUAAUUCAAAACGAAAAUAUUGACAUAUUAAAUAAAUCAAAACUAGAUAGUAAUCUAUAUUCUGAAGAUAACUUAAAUCUAACAAAGGAAAUGGAUAAUACCCAAAAAUCAAAAUCAGAAGUUGAAACAGUUUUAGACCAAUCUGAACAAAACCAUGAUGAACUUAAUCUAGAUAUUACUAUGACCAUGGACAAUCCAGAAAUUAAGAAUAAUUCUAUAAAUAAUAUGUUGGAAGUUUCAACUUUGGAGUCACACACUAAAUCACUGAGUUCAUUAAUAGAGAGUCUAGAUGUGACAAAGUCAUUUGAUGAAGAAAAAGCAAAUAUUGAAGGUAAUGUUGAUCUUGAUCUUACUACAACAAUUAAUCAAAAUACUUCAAAUUUAGAAAUUAGCAACAUAGAGAUGCCGAUCCAGGAAAAUCCAGCACAAAUUCUAGAUGCUGUUACUAAUAUCAAUGCUACAAUUACAACCAAUGAUCAAGAAAAUAAAACUUUUGAACUUAGUAACAUGUCAGAAACAUUUACUUUAAAUCUACCAGAAAAUUUAUUAAGUUCUACUAUACAGAAUCUUGAUGUUACUAUGAAUGUGGAUAAGAAAGAAGAGGUUACAGAUAAUAAAGGCGGCUUAGUUUCUGUGAAAGAUAAGGUUGUAGAUACUACAUUUGAUAUUACCAACGACACUAUUAAAGAUGUUUCUGUAACUACAUCAACAAUAAACCCUGUACAAGAAAUUAUAACCCACGAGGCAUCCCAAGUAAUAGAUAAUAAUAUUGCAUUACAACCCAUAACUGUUAAUGAAUCUGCUGCUGCACCUGCUGACGUUCCAUUGCCUGAUGAUGAUGAUAUAGAAAAAGAUAUGAGCCUUUCUACAGAUACGAGUAUUCCUGUAACGGAUAAUGUGUCGGCUAUGGUCGACAGAAGCAUAGCAGAAACAAAAGUUAAAAUGAUAAUUGAGAAUGCAGUUGUAGCAGUAUCUGAAUUUAAUACGCAAUUACCUGAUAUGUUUUUAAAUGGUGAAAACAUAAAUAAUAGAACUGAUUUUCCCAACCCCCUCCAAGUACAGGCCGUUCCUAAUGAAGAUGUGGCUGGGGACAGUGUAAACAUAAAUACCGAAGUUUGUAGUGUACCAGAAUGUCAUCAAACACAUCAGAACGAUUCUGUAGCAGACACUGAAAAAAAUAUUGACACUACUUUUAAUGUGCAUACAUCAAUUGUAAAUGAAAACGUCAAAAACGUACAAGAUUUACCUGAUGUUGUUAAAGAACAUGUAAAUGACAUUGAUAUUACUGCAUUAGGCGCACCCCAAUCUCAAACAAUUGAUAAUGUCGGUAAUGAUAUUUAUAAUGAAGAAUCUAAUAUGGAUGGAAAUCAACUACAAUCAUCUAAUCAUGAACAAGAUAAAACUACACAAGACAACACGGAAAGCAAUAUUGAACCAACAAUAUUAUCUGAUAAUCAGAUGGAAACUUCAGCAUGUGAAGAAAUUUUGGACAAAAAUAGAGAACUAACAGAAGUAUUUCUGAUUGAAGAAAAGAUAGAUAAACUGCAACACGCAAGUGAUAUGGCUUUAAGCUUUCAUGAAGUUAAAGAUGCAUCUCCACUGAAAGAUGUAUCUCAAAAUGGAGAUCAAACACUCUCUGAAAAAAGUAAUGUUACAGAAGAAGAUUUAACAGAUUCAGGCCACAUGACAGAAGUGGAUAAAAAUCUUUCAGUAAAAUUGGAAAAUCAGGAUGCUAAUAUCACAGUAACUGUGGAAGAUCUAAAGAUGGGAACUGAUGAAACAAAGCUCAUUCCUAACAAGGAAUUCAAUCAUGCAAUCGAAGCGAAUAUUUUUGAAAAAGAUAAACUGGAUGAAAACGAACUUGUAAAUAAAACUAUAAACAUUGAGGAGGUAAAAAGAACGAAUAAUGAAACAGAAAAAUGUGAUGUUAGGCAGGAAGACAUGCAUGGAGAAGCUACUUAUAUUGUUAUAAAAGAUGAAGUAGAUCACAGUAAUACUAUAGAUAAAAUUGUGAAGAUUGAAGAUAUAAAAAUGACUGAUUAUGAACAAAAAGAUAUCGUUAUACAGGACGAAAAAAUUAAAACUAACGAAAAAGACGAAACAGCUAUAAUAGAACCUUUGCGUUUGAAUAUAAAUGAUGAACUACCCGAAAAGCCAGAUUCUGUAACGGUUGAUGAUGAAAUUAUUGUGUCGGGAAACAAUAGCCCGUAUGUAUCUGUCGCUGCAGACUUGGACAAAGUAUCUGAAGAGAAGCCUUUAGAUAAUUUUGAGGAAAUCGAAAACUCAUUCACUGUAAGUAACGUUCCAAACUCACCGCCGAUUACUUCUAAGGGGUACAAUUUUAACUUUGACGAAAUCGAUGAUCCUUUUGCAACUAAAGUUAAGAUACGUAUGUCCCCUUCCCUCGAAGAGCCGAACAAAACCAGUGAUAUCAAAAAUGAAGAUAAAAGUUUGCCAAAAGCAGAACCGAUUAAAAAGGAUAUAAAUAAAAAUAGAAGGAGAUCUCAGCCCGCAAGGCAAAAGUUGUCCAACAUGAAAAAGCCAUUUAAUGCCACUUUUGAUAGCACUGUGAGUAUUAUAGAUACGGAAAAGCCGAAAAUUAAAUCAAAUACUGAAAUUCAACAAACUGUUGCCGAUGUGAAAAUCGAUGAAAAACAAAUUUCUCCUGUAACCUCUCCGAUUGAUGUAAUUGCAAGUACACCCAUUUCAGCGGAUGACAAACAUACUGAAAAGGAUUCUGAAGUUAAAAAUGUUGAUCCCAUAGAGGCUGAGAUGACUUGUAAUGUGACGGUAAUAGAAGACAAACCAAGUGAUGUCACAAUGAGCGAAGAAAACAAAGACUCGUUGGAAUCAGUAACUGCGAUAUCAAAUGAAAUUAAAACUACAUCAUCGUCUGAACAGUCUACUUAUUACUCUGCUGGCACAUCAUCCAAUGAUAGCAUGAAGUCAAGAAAUGUCUUCAAUUUGCCUGAAAUUGAUGAUAUGAACUUUAAUCCAUUUGCAACUAAGUCGAAAAUUCGCCAGUCUCCACCUCGUGAUUUAGAUAUGGACAAUCCUUUUACUACUAAAAGUAAAAUCAUGAAUUCACCUGAUUGUUCUGUAGUACUGCAUCAAGAUAAUGGCAAGAAAGGAGCAAAUACGACAGCAACCAUUGGAAAUAAUCAUGCUGAAAAACAUUUAGAAGAUAAAAUGGAAACAGAACCUAUGGAGAAAGACUCCUCUGUCAACAUAAGUAACACUACAUGUUCAUCCAAGGCUACAGAUAAUGACGUCACAGUAAAAGAAGUUAAUACUGAAGACGAAGAUACCGUGGAGGGUCCAUUCCUAGAAGCCGAGGAUAAUAAUGAAAACAAACAAUCUGAUUUCGACGGAGACAACAUAGAUAUGAUGCAAUUUAAUGACAUGCCUGUACAAGAACACGAUGAAAAUGCUGAUGGUGAACUUUUCAUUGAUGCUGAAGCGUUUGAAUUUCUCUUAAAUCAAAAUAAGAGUAAUGUUGUUGCUGAUAGUGGCAAAGAGAGUUUAUUUUUAAAAUUUGAUCCUUUGUUCGCGAAGAGAAUGUCAUCUGACAGUGUUGUCGCUGCUUUAAGCAGAGCUCAAAAAAGACAAAGUACUCCAACGCGGGCCCCAAGGCUACAGAGAAAUGCG